AAUCCAAUCUAAAAUAGUUUUCUCUGAAUGAAAAAAGUUUACAAUUUAACAUCCUAAGCUAUGUCGUGCUGUGGAGGUGCGGAGGAGGAACUAGACGGUCCACCACCGAACCAAUAUCAAGCCCCGCCUAGUCAAUACGGUGGUGCCGCGAGUGGAAGAGGUAGAGGAGAGCCAAGGGGUGGCCCGACGACUAAAAGUGGGGCAGGUUCUGAACAAAUUCUACCAAUUGAAUUACCAGCCAUUCCAUUAGAAGAGUUAAACCGGAUGACUAAUAACUUUGGGCAACAAUCUUUGAUCGGAGAGGGUUCUUAUGGCCGAGUUUUUUAUGGAGUUUUAAGUGAUGGCCAGCCUGCAGCUAUUAAGAAACUCGACACCGGUUCUUCUCCUGAACCCGAUUCUGACUUCGGAUCACAGUUAUCAAUAGUUUCAAGACUUAAACAUGACCAUUUCGUGGAGAUGUUGGGGUACUGUUUGGAGGAGAAUAACAGAAUCUUGGUAUAUCAGCAUGCAACAAAGGGAUCUCUACAUGAUGUAUUGCAUGGGAGGAAAGGAGUACAAGGGGCUGAACCGGGACCAGCUCUAACAUGGAGCGAAAGAGUAAAGAUUGCAUUCGGUGCUGCAAAAGGGCUUGAGUAUUUGCAUGAGAAAGUUCAGCCUUCUAUCGUCCAUCGUGAUGUGCGCUCGAGCAAUGUGCUCCUUUUCGACGAUUUCGUCUCCAAAAUUGCCGAUUUCAAUUUGACGAAUCAAUCUUCCGACACCGCAGCUCGACUCCAUUCUACUAGAGUCUUGGGUACCUUUGGCUACCACGCCCCAGAGUAUGCUAUGACAGGGCAAAUAACACAGAAAAGUGAUGUAUACAGUUUUGGAGUCGUUCUUCUUGAGCUCUUGACUGGGAGAAAACCAGUAGAUCAUACAAUGCCCAAAGGACAACAAAGUCUAGUUACUUGGGCAACUCCAAGAUUAAGUGAAGACAAGGUCAAACAAUGUGUGGAUCCCAAGCUAAACAAUGACUACCCACCAAAGGCAAUUGCCAAGCUAGCAGCGGUUGCAGCACUGUGUGUCCAGUACGAGGCGGACUUUCGGCCAAACAUGACAAUCGUUGUCAAAGCUCUUCAGCCUCUUCUAAAUGCAAGACCAGCAGGAGCAGAACCUCCUCCACCAUCAUAAAAUAUAUACACACACACACACACAUACAUACAUGCAUGCAUGCUUGCAUAUAUAUGUUAUAUUGUUAUAUUUCGGACGUAAUAAACAGUAGAAA